GUAACAAUUUGAUCGCUAGGUUGACAUUCGUAUAAAAUAAAGAUUCGACAGACAAAUUCGGUUCAAUAGCUAUUUGUAUAGUGGAACAAUGGUCGGUAAAAAGUACAUAGCGUUGAUUUUGUCAGUACUUGUGCUGGCCGCUGAAGCCAAUAAUGGCAUCCAGAAGGUUGCUUCAUGGGCACUCUCCGAGAGUGGGAAUUGGGACGGAUUGGGUUUAACUGCGGACGUGAAUAAGUAUGUGGACGAAACGAUUCACAUGGUGGUGCCUUUGAUGCAAGCGUACGGACUCGACCCCAUGGCACUACCUGAUAUAGAAGAGGGCUUCGAAGUAAGGCCGGUAUUGAUCAAAUACAGCGCGUGGCUGAGGAUCACUCAAGGUCGAAUGACUGGUCUCAGCAGCGUCUCUCGUUCAGGUGACCAGAUGGUGAACUACUUCUCGAGGAUGCUCCGUGUCCGAGUGGAAUUGCAGUUCCGCGACUUGAGGUUCGACUACCGCUACUUGGUAAAAGUUAUGAACAUCGGGCCCACGGGCGGUAUAGUCGCCACACUCAACCGCUUUGUCGUCAUCACAGAUGUACUGCUCGACUUCAAUAACGACGAGAUUCAACUCCAGCGGUUCUCCCUCACUGACAUUGGCCGUCUGCGCGUGCGUUUAACUGGCAAUAUUCUGACCGACUGGUUGGUGAACCCGGUGAUUGCAGUAUUCACCUCAAUCUUCGACAAUAUUAUCAUUAAAAUUGUAGAAAUCAACAUCCGUAGAUCCAUCCAAGACGUAAUCGACUUCAUGAACAGAAACCUCAAAGACAUUAUUGCUUACCUUGAAUCCUAUAACUAAAAUUAAGCAGGUACAUGUUUCUUGUCAUAGGUGAACUACUGUAUUGUUAUGGUAAUUAUCAAUAAAUUAAGU